AGCCAGCCUCCUGCUCCAAACAACCUGUGCCCAUCCCGGGUAUGCCUGGAGGCACGCUCGCCGGGGCGGGAAGGAUAGGCAAGCAGAUAGCAGACGAGUGCAUGGAGCAGAUCAGCAAAAACCCGGCGUCAGCAGACAGUAGCAAUCUUGGAUCUCAGGGGACGAGCCGGUCUCAGGGCCCCGCCCCCACCACUUCCAGAUCCACGGCGCUGAGGCCGCCCUCCUCGACAAGCUCCGCCCCCUCGGGCUACGCCCCCAACACCAACACCUCGCAGCUGAGCAACAACAUCAACGUCAACCGCUCACAAGUGCCCUCAGGCUCCAACCACUGGCGAGACCUGGGUCACGUGGUGUGUUCGGACAACGGCAUCAACCUGCACCACUCUCAGUCGGACGACUCCUCCACCGAGGGCUCGCUCAUACAGAGCGUCAUGCAGGAGCAGACCAUGGACAACAUUCAGAACCCGGGCAAUGACGUCAACGACGAGGCGGCCCUGGCCUUCCUCAUGAGCCUCCUGGAGGCGGACGCCGGCCUCGGAGGUCCCGUGGACUUUAACGACCUCCCAUGGCCUUUGUGAUGGACGGUGUGUAGAUAAAUAGACUUCAUCAUCGUCGUCCUCUUUGUUGUUAUCGUCGUCGUCGUCGUCGUCGUCGUCGUCGUCGUUUUCAUUCGCUGAGGUUGGGAUACCUGCCGCUGUUGUUUUCACGAAAUGUUUAACCCCUUCACUGCCUGACCUGAUUUGUGCUCCCUCUAUAGCACUCAAAAAGGUCGUGGGCCUGGCAGUGAAUGGGUUUAGGAGUUAUUACUAUUACAAUAUCAUCACCGCAGAUGGCUUGACUUUCACUGUGGACUUGGUUUCUCCACAGCUGGUUCGAAUUUCACCGAGGACAUAAUUAUGUCUACCUCGGGUGGCUCGGAUUUCAUUUCGGUCAAUAUUUUCAUGUCGCGUGGCUUGAAUUAUUUCACGGCCAGAUUUUCAUCACAGAUGGGUUCAUUUACAUAACGAGUGUAUUUUCACCACAGAUGGGUUCAUUUACAUAAACGAGUCUAUUUUCACCACAGAUGGGUUCAUUUACAUAAACGAGUCUAUUUUCACCACUGGUGGCUUGAUUGUCCUCCUUGGAGGUACAGAGAUAUGUCGCUGCAGACAGCUUGAGUUCCAUGGUGGAUACUAUGAUGGAGUGACGUCACAUUUGCCGUGUAUUCUCGUGGCCUCGGUCUCUAGGCCGUGAACGCAGAGUCACAUUUCACAGCCCAUGAUCUGACCGACGUGCAUUUCUUCACUGCCGUGAUUAAUGAUCGCGCAGUGGGAGGAAGAAAGACUGUUGGAUUUUGAUCCCUCAACAGAUAGAAAGUGUUGCUUAAGUUAAUUUAACAGGAAUCAAAUACGUAUGUGCCAUUUUCAUGAAUGUGCAGUAUUGGGAAAAAGUAAAAGACUCCAAGCUAUGACUUUGACUUCGGUGCUGCAUGCAGAUUUCUGUCUUUGUCUACGAGAAGAUCAACGAGUUUUUCAGAACACACACAAGGACGCGUGUUUCUGCAGGACACACUGGCUGCAUGUGGUUUCGACUGUGGUCGGGUUAUCUCCCUGACUGGCUGACAACUGCUGUAGCUCUACGAUGUGAGAAGACGGACGAAGGUGAUACCCUGGUGGGAUUUGUUGUUUCUUGUUAUUUUUCUCUAAGUGUGGAGAUUUAGUACUACCGAGUAUUGGUAGAGCAUUGGGGGAGACGCCGUGUUGGCUGACAAACGCGAGGUGUUGGUGGACGUGUUUAGCCAUCUCUGCAGUAGAUCUACACCUGCCGUGAUGUUAAGGGAUUUCUGAAAUGUGUUGAAGUUUUUUCGGGUGUUUUUUUUUUCCUACUGCUGGUUGUUACUUUGCUUGCUCGUGAUU